AUGUCGAAUGGCCGGCCCCGAAGGCGUCGAUACCGUUCGAAGAGUGCAAGCAAAUCCACCGGAGCGGCUCCCGACCUGCUUCGGAUAAUCCAGCACAAGCUGGAAAUGUCGUCUGUCAACUGGAAUAUGGCCUACAAUGGACUGUCGCAGCAUGUGGACUUCAGCAGGCUGCCGAACCCGAGCGAGCGCUUCGAGCUGCUGGACCUGAUCGGCGAGGGCACCUACGGCGAAGUCUACAGUGCGAAGGAUAAGCACACCGGGCGGAAGUAUGCGGUCAAGAUACUGGAAAGCAUCGCCGAUAAUAUCGAAGAAAUCGAAGAGGAGUACCUGGUGCUGCGCGAUCUCUCCAAGCAUCCCAACAUUCCCGACUUUGCCGGGCUGUUCCUGAAGCGUGGUACCACCGUCGAGGAUGACCAGCUGUGGUUUGUGCUCGAGCUAUGCACCGGUGGCUCCGUUACGGAUCUGGUUCAAGGUCUGCGCAGCCGCGGGGCACGGUUGUCCAACAAUCAGAUCGCAUACAUACUUCGGGAGACGGUGCAGGCGCUCGUGUUUCUGCACGAGAACCACUGCAUGCACCGGGACAUCAAGGGUCACAACAUCCUGCUGACCGAGAGCGGCCAUGUGAAGCUGGUGGACUUUGGCGUGAGCUCGCAUCUGGCGGCGACGAUGGCGCGGCGCAACACCAGCGUCGGCACACCGUACUGGAUGGCGCCGGAGGUGAUCGCCUGCGAGCAGCAGCUGGAUCAGUCUUACGAUUCCCGGUGCGACGUCUGGUCGAUUGGUAUUACGGCGAUCGAGCUGGCGGAAGGUGAUCCACCGUUGUGUGAGCUGCAUCCGAUGAGAGCUCUGUUUCAGAUCCCACGUAACCCACCACCGAAGCUGGGCCACCCUGAGCAGUACUCGUCGAUGCUGUCCGACUUCAUCUCCGAGUGUCUGGUGAAGGAUCUCGAGCAGCGACCUUUCUCGAAGGAGUUGGUAACGCAUCCGUUCCUCAAAAGCGUCGGUCCGUUCGUGGAUCAAAUUCGGCAGGAGUUGCGAGCGGAGAUCGCACGCCAGCGGGAGGAUGGACGUGCGCCGAGUCAAGCGAUCGCGACCACAAAGUACGGGAAGUUGAAGUCUGAUCGCAAGUCGAAACCACAGAAGAUGUAUAUGGACGACCUGGCAGCGCUGGACGUGCUAACGGAGGACGCGAUCGUCGAGCAGCUGCAGAAGCGAUACGAGACGAACCAAAUCUACACCUACAUCGGUGACAUACUGAUUGCGGUGAACCCGUUCAGCCAGGUCGGACUCUAUACGACGCAGCACCAGCGGAAGUACACGGGCCAGGCGAGAUCGGACAACCCUCCGCACAUCUUUGCGAUCGCCGACGCGGCUCAUCAGGCGCUUGUGCACCAGCGUCAGAACCAGGCGAUAGUGAUCUCGGGUGAGAGUGGCUCGGGCAAGACGGAAAGCGCCAACCUGCUGCUCAAGCAGCUCGUCUACUUGGGCAAAGCGGUCACGAAGAACCUCGAGGAGCGGAUCUUGCAGGUGAACCCCAUCAUGGAGGCGUUCGGAAACGCUCGGACGGGUAUCAACUCGAACAGCUCGCGCUUCGGGAAGUACCUCGAGCUGACGAUGGCCAAGAGUGGCAAGGUGAACGGCGCUCGCAUCUUCGUAUACCUGCUCGAGCAGAGUCGAGUCGUGAAACAGGCGGAAGGUGAAGGUAACUUCCAUGUGUUCUACUACAUGUACGACGGGUUGCAGUCCGAGGGCCGGUUGGAGGAGUACUAUCUGCACCCGUCCUACCGGAAGACACACCGUUACCUGCAGGAGACGGCCACCCUACCGAAGACGAACGUCGACCGGUGGAAGCAGCUGCUGGCGAGCUUCAAAGUGCUCGGGUUCAAGGACGAGGAGAUCGACAUGGUCAACCGCGUGCUGGCGGCGAUCCUUAACCUCGGUGACAUCGAGUUUGGUGAGAUGGACGCUAACGAUAACACCGACAGCCGGGCACGGGUCAUCGAUGUGGCCCCGAUGCACCGGGUGUCGAAGCUGCUGGGCGUCGAUUCGGCCGACCUGCUGGAGGCCCUGUCCUCCAACUCGGUCGUGACGCGCGGUGAGACGAUUACGCGCCACAACAACGUGGCGGAAGCGUGUACGGCGCGGGACGCCAUGGCGAAGGGAUUGUACGGGCGUUUGUUUGAUUGGAUGGUCAAUCAGAUCAAUAUGCUGUUGGUCCAUAAUCGGCUGAACAACAGCCCGGAACAGUUGGCAAUUGGAUUGUUGGAUAUUUUUGGCUUCGAAAACUUCAGCAAGAACUCCUUUGAACAACUGUGCAUCAACAUUGCGAACGAGCAGAUCCAGUACUACUUCAACCAACACAUUUUCACCUGGGAGCAACAGGAAUACAUGGCUGAAGGGAUCCCGGUUGACUUGGUGGAGUUCGCAGACAAUCGCCCGGUGCUGGAUAUGCUGUUGAGCCGUCCGCUAGGUCUGCUGGCGCUACUGGACGAGGAGUCACGGUUCCCACGUUCAACGGAUCGUUCUCUGAUUGAAAAAUUCCACCAGAAUGUGAAGUCAAAGUUCUAUCAGCGUCCCAAGUCGGACGCCGUCUGCUUCGCAAUCCACCACUUUGCCGGGCGGGUCGUCUACCAGGCGGACGGGUUCCUGGAGAAGAAUCGCAACUUCCUGCCGGCCGAAAUCAUCCAGCUGAUCCGGCAGAGCCAGUACGACAUGAUACGCUUCCUGUUCCAGUGCCCCAUCACCAAGACGGGCAACCUCUACUCGGCCAUCCAGGAUACGGGCUCGCGCCAGAACGUGUCCAGCUUCAUCAAGGUCGACACGAAGGAGAAGUUCAACUCGCGCGGGCUCGCGUCCCAGUCGCGCGCCCAGCAAACGGUGGCCACCUACUUCCGCUACUCGCUGAUGGACCUGCUGCAGAAGAUGGUCACCGGGACGCCCCAGUUCAUCCGCUGCAUCAAGCCGAACGAGGCGAAGGCGGCGAAAUCGUUCGAGUCGGCGAAGGUGCUCAAGCAGCUGCGCUACACGGGCGUGCUGGAAACGAUCCGCAUCCGGCAGCACGGCUUCAGCCAUCGGUUUACCUUUGCGGACUUUUUGCGAAAGUACUGCUUCCUGGCGUACAGCUUCGACGAGCGUGUCGUGUCGAACCGGGAAUCCUGUCGCUUGCUUUUAGUGCGCCUAAAAAUGGACGGAUGGGCGCUCGGGAAGUCGAAGGUGUUCCUCAAGUACUACCACGUGGAGUACCUCUCGAAGUUGUACGAGGAACACGUUCGCAAAAUCAUUCUGGUGCAGGCUUGCGUGCGACGAUGGCUAGCGAAGGCUCUGUACAAGCGUGAGAGACAGCGUGUGGCGCUGAGUGCGGUGACGCUGCAGAAGCACGUCCGUGGCUGGCUGACACGCCGUCGCAUGCGUAUACUGAAGGAAAAGCAGGAGCGGGAACGGUUGGAGCAGGAGCGGCUGGAGAAGGAACGGCUGGCGAAGGAGAAAAAGAACAACGAACAAAACAAAGCCAAGCAGGCGCUGGCGAAGGCGAAGCUGAUACAUCAGCUGUCAAACCACCAGCUGGAGGCGAAGCAUUUCCACAACGUGCAGCAGCAGCACGACAAGCGGAGCGCGCUGGACGCGAUGAACAACAAGGAGAACGAGCGGGCGGCCAUCGUCAUCCAGAGCUACUACCGCGGGUACACCAUCCGCAAGCUGCGCAUGACGCCGGAAAUCGAAGCGAAAACGAAGUACAUCCUCGGCAUCGCGAAGAACCGUGUGGAGGCGCAGCGGAUGAUGCAGAAGGAGGGCUUCACGAAGGAGGAUGCGGCCCGCAUCAUACAGCGCUACUACCGGACGCAGAAGAGCAAGAACAACAACAGCAGUCGCGAGCAGGCGCUCGGGGUCGGUGCGUCCCGGGCGAAGGGUCCGGCACCGCAGCCCCAGCCGAAGCCGCUCACCACCAAAGACCAGCAGCUGGACCUGAUCGCCUUCUCGCAGAACGUGCACAUGCUGAACCAGGAGGCGCACAAGAACUUGCGCGUCAACAAGGCGGGCGUCCCGCUGGAGGCGAUCGAGAAGCUGCCCGGCGACUACCGGCGGCCACCUGGGUUCGUUCUGGUGCCGGGCCUGCUUGGCACCGUGCCCGGCGGUAGCGAUUGCGCCAAGUACAGCUCGCUACGGAGCGUCGACUGUGACCACGAGAUGACGAAGGAACUAAUUCAAAGGAGCCCACCGCCACCCGCCGACUUUGACGACAUCUCCCCGUGGGACAUGCCGUUCUACGAGGUGGAACGCAACCUGCGCUCGCAAAGGCAGCGGAAUAUGCAGCAACCGGCCCAACGGAUCGACAUCAAUCGGAACGACAUUCUCGGUGACCGGAAGAUGGAGUUGGGCGACCGCAAGCAGCAGCUGUCCAGCAACUGGCACCAGGCGUUCCAGGCGCAGACCGACGCUUCAUCGCCGCAGGAUAAGUUUAAGGGUCUCGCCAGAUCGCCGCAAAAUCCGAACGAACCGGCCCACAUUCGCAGCAUUCCGGCGUUCAGCUAUCUCAAUCCGAACAAUCAACAGAUACUCCGCUAUUCGCCGAACCAGCAGCGCGAAUCUCCGACCGUCGACGUGGGCCGGGCACCGCAUCCGAGCCCCGUGCGUCAAUCGCCGGUCGAGUCGCCGGUUCGCGAAUCAUCGUCACCCGCGUCCCGCCUCGGCAUGCUCGGGCUCGGAGGCGCUGCGGGCAAGAAGGCGGCCAAGGCCGAGCUGAAGGCGCGCGAGAAGGAGAACAAGGAGCGCAAGAAGCGGGAGAAGAAGGCGAAAAAGGAGAAGGAAAAGGCCGCCCUUAAUGGGCUCACGCCAACGAUGACGUCGUCGUCGGCGGGCUCGUCGGCUCUGUCGGGGUCGUCAAACGAGAAGCAGCGGAAGGAACCGGGCGGACGGAAGAAGCGUUCCGAACCAUCGGCGAAGGAUCAACAACAACAGCCUGUCAGCCGGUUCGCUGGCGUGGAAGAGCACGUCCACGAGCAGUACCAUCAAUACCAUCAGCAACAUCAGCAGCAGCAGCAGCAGCAACAAAAUCAUCAACAUCAUUACCAGCAGCAGCAACAAGUUCCCCAGAAGCGACUCAUCGAGCAUCACGAGUAUCAGAACAUCUCGGAGGAAACGAAAAUCGAUAGCAAGAGCCCGGUGAUGCGGAUGUUUGGCGAUACCAACUUCCUGGUGAACCAUCGACGUAAGGCGGCCGAGCAGAAGCAGCACCAGCUGGCGCAGCUGCAGCAGAUCCAGCAGUACCAGAAGCAGCAACAGCAGCAGCAUCAGCAGCAGAAGGCCCGCCAGCAGCAGCAGCAGCAUCACCAUCAGCAGCAACGUCACGCUGGCGAACUGAACUGCGGUCAGGGUGUGUGCGAACUGCUGAACGGCGUGUACCGGUUCAGCCCGCACGUUACCUCGUUCGCCCAGAUGGAGUCGAAGUGUGCCAGCAGCCUCUCGACCGACGACCAGUCCACGCUGGACAAGGACUACCAGAACUUCAACGUGUCCAAGUACCUGAACAUCGACGUCAAGGGACCGUUGCACCAUCAGCGGGAGCGCGCUCGGGAUGGCGGGGAAAUGCUCGCUCCGGAUCGAUCCGGGAAUCGCGACGACCGGGACGCCCACAGCUCCAACAGCUCCAGCCUGAGCAGCGGCAGCAGCGGCAUGAACUCGCUCAACUCGUUCGAUUCGGUCGAGCAGGCCAUCAUCUUCCAGAAGGACCGCAAUGCCGACUCGUACCUCGGACCGUUCAACUUCCGCCAGCUGCUCCGGCCGACGCAAGGGCCCACCGAGUCGCUCCGGAAGCGCAAAGGCAUCAAUCCACCCUCGCCGCCACCUCCGCAGCGGGGCAAGAGUUAGGAAGUAACACACGAAAAUCUUGAACGAGGAGGAAAAGCGGAUUUUCGUUCCAUCGGCGCGCUAAGCCGAUUGUCUAGGUUUAGUCGUCGUCGUCCCUCAAAGACAUUCUAAUUCGUUAAGAUCCGUCGGAACGUGUACAUUCCUUACCCAGAGCACAGAGUGGGGAGCUGUUAGGAACAAACCAAAGAACACACGCCAGCCAACCCACUCUCCGGUCUCGGGGAAACCGGAAAUCCGGCACCCGGUCGUUACUUUACGCCCAGCAGCAGCAGCAGCAGCAAAAUGCCACAAAGUUGUAAUGUCUUCCACCGCGUGCUGAGCCAACACCUCUUGCCCACCCCCAAAGCCCGAAACGGCUUCGCCUUCCGGAGGAAAGUUUUGAUAUUGAUUUUUGGCACUCCGCAACUAUGGAAGGAGAAAGGAACUUCGGAAACCGGGCGCUCCGGCUGCAAAUGAUGUUAGUCGGAACACACUCCAAAGAGCCACCGGUGUGGCUUCACUGGUUCACUUCCCGCACGAGGAAGUUAUAAGGUAGCAAAUUCGAAGACAGUCUGCUCUCGAGCAGGAGAAACUUUAUAGUCAAGCCGCUUCCUGCUCUUAACAACCGUCGGGGGAGUGAAAUUUUGCAGACAUCCUUACACGAGGGGGUUGCCUUAGAACCGAGGAAGCUCGUGAGACUCCAGCAGCCGGUUAUGCAGGAUCUCCACACAGACUGGAGCAAUUUAUUCAUCGCACGUUACCGUCUUAUCAGUCCGGUUCCAGUCACCGUUUUCUACACUGUUCGAGUGAACACUGCCGGAACCUAGGUGUGCUGGUGUUGGGGGUGCCGAAAGUGCAUCGAAUUGGAAAAGUGAAUCACGAAAAGGAGUGAGGACAGAGAUUAUGAGUUUAAAAUAAUAAAAGUAAGCAGAGGACCAACGGACAAAUUCGUUCGCAAGCCGGUAGCACUUUGCUCUCCUACGCAGUCGUUACCGGAGUCAAAUUAGGACCUAAUCGAUGACAGUACAAUUCAAUGAGGUAGAAGGAAGAUAAAUGUUGCGAGGAAAUUGCGAGGAUACGAAAGAGAAGUGCAAAAAGUGUGUGUUAAUCAGGAGGAAAAUCUGAAUCGAAAAAUUAGUAUAAUCCGUAUGAGUGUUGGGGUUUAAAAUGAAUUCAGUUUGAUGAAUUUUUUGUAGGGUAUUCUGUUUGAAUGAUGUAAGGUAUGUUUAAAUGUAGCUAUAAAACUGGUUUUGAAAAUAAAUGCAAUAUCACAAAUUG